AGCUCGCAACCAGAAAGACGGAAGUUGAAUUCUGUCCAGUUCACAUGGAAUAAACAAUUUAAACAAAAAAUUAAACGAUUUGUGAGGUUUAAGAAAACUAUUGUAGACAUCGCUAACAUACAGAAGAAUCAUGGGAGUUCCAGCGUUUUUUCGCUGGCUUAGUAGGAAAUACCCAUCGAUUGUUGUACACUGUGUGGAGGAAAAAACAAGAGAGGUGAAUGGCGUGAAGUUUCCUGUAGAUUCAAGCCAGCCUAAUCCGAAUGAUACAGAAUUUGAUAAUCUCUAUCUGGAUAUGAAUGGAAUCAUACAUCCCUGUACCCAUCCAGAAGAUAAGCCAGCUCCUAAAAAUGAAGAAGAAAUGAUGAUUCUCAUAUUUGAGUACAUAGACAGAAUAUUUUCUAUUGUGCGACCAAGACGGGUGUUGUAUAUGGCAAUAGAUGGCGUGGCUCCGAGGGCCAAAAUGAAUCAGCAGAGGAGUAGAAGAUUCCGGGCUUCAAAGGAGGCAGUUGAGACAGCAGAAGAGAUAUCCCGUGUCAGAGAAGAGUUGUUACUAAAAGGUUGUAGUGUCCCUCCAGAAAAACCAGCUUCUGAAAAGUUUGACAGCAACUGUAUUACACCAGGUACACCCUUCAUGUUCCGACUUGCCAACUGUCUUCGAUUCUACAUCCAUGAUAGAUUAAACAAUGACGCUGGCUGGAAAGGUAUUAAGGUAAUUCUGUCAGAUGCCAAUGUUCCAGGAGAGGGGGAGCAUAAAAUCAUGGACUUUAUUCGAAAACAAAGAGCACAACCAGACCAUGAUCCAAACACUAAGCACUGUCUCUGUGGGGCCGAUGCUGAUUUGAUCAUGUUAGGUCUGGCUACACAUGAACCAUACUUUACCAUCAUCAGGGAGGAGUUCAAGCCAAAUAAACCACGCCCUUGCAGUCUGUGUGGUCAGAUUGGUCAUGAACUGAAGGAAUGUCAGGGAAUAGAGAAGGAGAAAAGUGGCGAGUUUGACCAGAAAGCACCCGUGUUUGCCGACGAAACACCUUUCAUAUUUCUACGCCUAAAUAUACUUCGAGAAUAUUUAGAAAGAGAGCUUCAGAUGAAUGGCCUGCCAUUUCCUUACGACUUCGAGAGAGCUUUAGACGACUGGGUAUUUAUGUGUUUCUUUGUUGGGAAUGAUUUCUUACCACACUUGCCAUCUCUAGAAAUAAGGGAAGGUGCUAUAGACAGAUUGAUAAAGCUGUAUAAGAAUGCUGUCAGAAGGACUGGGGGAUACCUUACAGACAGUGGUGUUGUGGCCUUGGAAAGAGUUCAGCUUAUUAUGCAAGAACUGGGAGAGGUUGAAGAUGAAAUUUUCAAGAAGAGACGUGAUGAUGAGAUGAAUUUCCGCAGACGAAACAAAGAAAAACGGCGUAGAAAUAGAAGGUUCGAUGACAAACCUCGUUAUAUCCCUGGGGGCAUGCUGGCGCCACAACCUUUGGGACGAGGACGACCCGGUGUGGGUGCACCUACAGGAAAUGUGAGACAAGAAGCAUAUCAACAAAGAAUGCAAAACUUCUCCACAUCCUCGUCUGACAGAGAUUUGGCUAACUUAGAUGCGGCGCAGGCGCUCAAAGCAAUGAUGAAUUCUGAUAAUAACGAGAGAGGCGAGAAACGUAAACGUGAGAAUAUGGACAGUGACAGUGAUCCUGAACCGGAAGAUGAUGUCAAAUUGUGGGAAGAUGGAUGGAAGGACAGAUAUUACAAGAACAAAUUUGACGUGGGAUCUGAAGAUAUAGCUUUCAGACAUAAUGUGGCUAAUCACUAUGUGAGAGGGUUAUGUUGGGUUUUACGUUACUACUAUCAAGGCUGUGCCUCGUGGAAGUGGUAUUUCCCCUAUCAUUACGCACCUUUUGCUUCCGAUUUUGUCAAUGUUGCUGCCUUGUCGAACGAUUUUGAGAAGGAUACCGAGCCAGUAAGUAGUCGAGCCGUAGAUUGUGUAACAUACAUGAGCCGGGUCACAACAAAACUGACAUAA